AUGGGGUUGAUAUCGGGAUUAGUGAUGGGGAUGCUGACAGGGAUCGUGUUAAUGGCUGGAUGGAGCUACAUGAUGCGCCACCGGAGCACGAAGCGUGUUUCUAAGGUGAAAUGGCUGAAUAAACAGCUGGGAAAAUUGUGGCCAUAUGUUGCAGAUGCAGCAGAGGCUGUUAUAAAAGAAUCUGUUGAACCGUUGUUGGAAGAGUAUCGUCCUCCAGGAAUUUCUUCUUUGAAAUUCAGCAAAUUGUCUCUUGGAACAGUGGCUCCUAAAAUUGAAGGGAUUCGCGUUCAGAGUCUUAAAGAAGGUCAAAUCACAAUGGAUAUUGACCUCCGCUGGGGUGGUGAUCCGAGUAUUAUCCUAGCUGUCGAGGCUGCACGUGUUGCCUCUAUACCUAUUCAGUUGAAGGAUCUUAAAGUUUUCACUGUGGUCCGUGCUAUUUUCCAACUUGCGGAUGAAAUUCCUUGCAUCUCUGCAGUAGUGGUUGCUCUGCUUGCUGAGCCGAAGCCGCGCAUCGAUUAUACUCUUAAGGCUGUUGGUGGAAGUUUAACAGCUAUUCCUGGGCUUUCAGAUAUGAUUGAUGACACUGUUGAUACCAUUGUGACGGAUAUGCUACAAUGGCCCCACAGGAUUGUUGUCCCCAUCGGUGGUAUACCUGUAGAUACCAGUGAAUUGGAGCUUAAGCCGGUUGGAAAACUCACAGUAACUGUCGUGCAGGCAAACAACCUGAAAAACAUGGAAUUGAUAGGAAAAUCUGAUCCCUAUGUUGUCUUACACAUCCGUCCUUUGUUUAAAGUAAAAACAAAGAUUGUAGAUAACAACUUGAAUCCUGUUUGGAAUCAAACAUUUGAGUUGAUCGCAGAAGACAAGGAGACCCAGUAUCUCAUUAUCGAGGUAUUUGAUCAAGACAUUGGACAGGACAAGCGACUGGGCAUUACAAAGCUAGCUCUUAUUGAGUUGGAAGCAGAGAAAUCAAAAGAUUUCGAACUAAGGCUGCUCCCAUCCCUCGAUAUGCUUAAGAUUAAAGAUAAGAAGGAUAGAGGCACUGUGACUCUUCGGGUGUUGUACCACGAAUUUAACAAGGAAGAGCAGCUAGCAGCCCUAGAAGAGGAGAAGAGGAUCUUAGAGCAGCGUAAGAAGCUGAAAGAGGCUGGAGUUAUUGGGAGCACAAUGGAUGCCCUUGAUGGUGCAGCUUCCCUGGUUGGGUCUGGGGUAGGUUUGGUGGGUGCCGGCAUUGGGGCCGGAGCAGGGCUUGUCGGGUCGGGCCUAGGCGCUGGAGCUGGGCUUGUCGGUAGUGGUUUAAGCAAAGCUGGGAAGUUCAUGGGCCGGACCAUUACUGGCGGGCCAUCCAACUCGUCUAAGAAGAGCGGGGUUUCCACGCCGGUUAAUACUCAGGAAAAUGGAGGAGGCACGACAAAGCCACUGUAA